UGCGGAAACAAAACUUAAGGUUCCGAGAAACAAAAGCCACCAGACGUGGAAGCAGUUCACUCUUUCAGAAGAAAAUAAAUCGAAUUUUGGAAAAAAUAGUCUGAAAGACAGAAACAACGACAAGGAUGGCCUCUGUUAAACCUUCCUGGUCUGAAGAGAACUUUUCAUGUCCCAUCUGUCUGGAUGAGUUCAGCAGCCCAGUCACCACACCAUGUGGACACAACUUCUGCAGAACCUGCAUUACUAAGUUCUGGGAUGAAAACGUCCAGUGCAAAUGUCCUGUUUGCAACGAGCUUUUCCAUGCAAGACCUGAUCUACGUGUCAAUAUACUCUUAUUAGAGCUGGCAGCUCAGAUUAAAAAGUAUGUACGAGUAAAAGAGCAGCCUUUUGUUGAAUCAGCAGAAGUUCCCUGUGACGUCUGUACUGGGACCAAGCUGAAGGCCGUGAAGUUCUGCCUAGUGUGUUUAACCUCUUACUGCCAAACUCACCUGGAGCCACAUCAGAGAGUCGCAGUCCUGAAGAGACAUCAGCUGGUCGAGUCUAUGGACCGCCUGGAAGAAAGGAUGUGUAAUAAACAUCACCGACUUCUGAAACUCUUCUGCAAGACUGAACAGGUGUGUGUGUGUCAGUCCUGCAGAGAGACAGACCACAAGUUCCAUGCUGUUGUACCUCUAAAGGAGGCGUAUGACGUGAAGACGGCCCAGCUGGGGAAGAUAGAGGCUGAAGUUCAGCAGAUGAUCCUGAGCAGAAAACGAAUGAUUCAGGGGAUUAAAGACACAGUAGAAUUGAGCAAAAAAGACGCAGAUAGAGAGAUAGCCGAUGGUGUGCAGGUCUUCACCGCUCUGAAGCGCCACAUUGGAAAGUGCCAGGAUGAUUUCCAUCGAGCGGUUAAAGAGAAACUCAAUUCCACAGAGAAACAAGCUGAAGACUUCAUCAAAGAGCUGGAACAGGAAAUAAAAGACUUGACUAAUAGAAGCUCAGAGGUGAAGAAGCUCUCACACACUAAAGACCACCUCCACUUCCUCCAGGCCUUCAGAUCCCUGAAGAAUACUCCACCCACCAGGGACUGGAAGACGGUGGAGGUCCGUCCUCCUUCAUACGUAGGGACCUUGAGGAGAUGCCUGGAUCAGCUGGAGGAGACACUUAACAUGGAGAUGAAGAAGGUGCCUGACCUGAAACCAGGCAUAAAGAAGUAUGCUUGUGAACUCACACUGGACCCGAACACAGCCCACAGACAUCUCUCUCUGUCUGAGGAUGACAGAGAGGCGACACAGCUUGGACGUGAUCAAGGGUAUCCUGGUCACCCAGAGAGAUUUGACUACCGUAGACAGGUGUUGUGUAGAGAGGGUCUGAGUGGCCGCUGUUACUGGGAGGUAUACUGGAAAGAAAGGGUGGAUAUAGGAGUGACAUACAGAGGAAUCACAAGGAGAGGAAGGGGGGAUGACAGCUUGCUUGGAGAGAACAACAUGUCUUGGUGUCUUCAAUGUAAUGAUAAUAAUGGUGAGGAUUUUUACUCUGCCUACUUCAAUGGUAGUGAAACCAAAAUACCUUUUGCCUCUCGCUAUAACAGAGUAGGAGUGUAUCUGGACCGGCCUGCUGGCAUUCUGUCCUUCUACGAAGUGUCCCCAGAUGUAGGAGGGACCUCAGACACACUGACACACAUCCACACCUUCAUGCCUACAUUCACUCAGGACCUCUACCCUGGGUUUAUGUUACAUGAUUAUGGUUCCACAGUGUAUCUGUGUCAGCUAUAGUCUCUUCCCUCCUUGCUGCAUGGUGGGAUUUUGGUCUCUAUAGAGUGAGUGACUUUCAAACGGCAGUAUCCUUUGUGUCUGUGUCCUUGUCAGUGUGUAAAUACAAGGGGGUCUAGGGAGUGUUUUGUGAUCUUUGCAGCCAGCCAGCAAUUGCUGGGCAGCAUUUUUGUUUGGUCACAAUGACAGAGAUGACCAAACUCAGAGGUAGUGGGCCAUGGUAGAGAACAGUCUGUCAAAAACAUGGAAUUGAAAAUGAAAGACUAUUUUUAAAACAAACAAUUGUUUGUUAAGUCAGUAAAAGCCUAAUGGGGGUUAAAGAGAAGGGGUCUUCUCUGACCAAGAGAUCUACAGGUUGAAGAAAAUCAGAGAACUGAAUGAUGAUGGCGGUGAAAAGAUAAUCUGCAUCCUAGUGAAUUUUUAUGGACGGGAAUAACAAAAUAAGAAGCAGACAGAAAAUCUGUUUGAAAAAUAAUUUGUGUUCCUAAAACAUGUGUAUCUAUAAACAUAGAUAUAUCCAUUGACAUACAAUAGCUUUAUAUUUCUAUGUGUGAUGUGUGAUGAAAAAUCUACAUGUUGUUACGUUUUUGGUCUAUCUAUGAACUUAAGUUUUGUUACUAUUUUGUGUGCCUUCUACUCUCCUUGUGGGUCAUCUAAAGUGUAAGCCUUCGAGGGUCGUGUGAUGCAUUUUACUGCCCGCCUGUUCCGAUGUUUUUGUGUGUUGUAAAUCAUCUUCCAUGCAAUCCUUUGAUGUAUGGGCCUUUAAGGACCGGCCCUGACCAAUUUGGUGCCCUAGGCAAGAUUUUUGCUGGCGCCCCCUACCCCUUUGGAUCGCACAGUAAAUUAGACUACCAAUGUUCAUAAACUCAGAGAAGCUACAAAGCUUUGUCUUUGAGACUCUUUGAUUUUAGAUCGAAAAUUAAAUUGCUAUACAAUUGCAAAUGGUUGCAGUUAUAGCAUGUUUGGAGUAGACCGUGUGGUAGAAAUUAAUGAUUAUAUUCUAUGGUAAACUAUGAUUAUUAUUAGGCCUGUAUAUCUUAAUGGUAGAAAUCACACGGUGCCUGGGAGUCUGGGGUCAGAGCGUAUGUUGGAAGGAACCCAUGAUAGGGGCAGGAAGCUACGGGGUUAAUGCGUGCUGACCUCAGACUGGUGUCCUAAAUUAUUUUUGUUGAUAAUGUGGUUAGACGAACUCAUGAUUGAUGUGGGCGGAAACCUCGAACAAAGAAACUGUUGUGUGUGUGUGGAUAAAGAAGAAGCUGAUCCGUUGACCACGAGUGCCUCUGCAGACCCACCCGGCCGUUAUCGUUGUUGUUGUUCUUCACAAUAAAGUCUUCUGUCAAUACUU